GUAUAUAAUAAUCAAAGUCUGCUCCAGGUGGGAUCAUGGCAAUAUUGUGAAAUAUAAAAUGUCCAUGUCUUUGGACGUGACUUAAAAUAAAGCUUAAAGGACUAAGCUAUGUCUUAACUGGUGCCGCUUGUUACGCUUUAGUAAAGAGCAAAAUCUAAUCUCCACACAAGACAAGAAGUGAAAAAAUCUAAUAGGACAUCGUAAUGAUUAUUGUAACAUAGUAAAAAACACAAUAAAAAUCAGAUGAGGACGAUAGUGAAACUUGAAAAUCUCCCUUAAUAUUGUGGUCAAGUCCUGUACUUUUUCACCCAAGGCAUACAAGCUCUGAUCCAGGCGAUCUCAAGGCCUCCAUUGUGGAUAAUAAUCUUUAUUAGCAUUCUAAAAAAUUUUAAGACGUUGAGGUGGUAGUUUGUGAACCUUUAAUCUUAAUGGGGUUGGAAUCCUUAAUCUUUUAGACAAGUAUUUGAUGAUAAUGGGCCCCCAAAAACAUAUAUUUAGACUUCUUGACUCGCCACUAUUACAAUGGCUGGUUUGACAAAGGAAAUAAGCUACAGAAAUGGUGAGUAGAGCACCAAAAGAGAAACACGCUCAGGAGAAUAUUGGUUGCCUUUCCUUGACAGCUUUCUUAUCUUGCCAAUUUCAGAUCUUCAUGCAUAGCUUUUCUUGUGUUAUAUAAAGACCAGAAACCACAGAAAGUGAUCAUAAAGCAAAAAAAUAAUGCCUGCAUUUUGGUUCUCUCUCAAAAGAUCAUUGAAGUGCAAAUCACAGCCAUCAGAUGUGCACGAUCCAAAGGCCAGGAGCAAUCUGACCAACGUUCAGACAAGAAAGCCAUGUGGGUUUGGAUGCUCAAGAUCCGUGUCUAAUCUAAGAGAUGUCCUUCAUGGAAGCAAGAGACACACAGAUAAGCCACCAAGUUGCAGUCCAAGAUCUCUAGAGAGCAGUGACUUCAUCAACCCAAUUACCCAUGAAGUAAUCCUCAGCAACUCCACAUGUGAGCUCAAGAUUACUGGGUUUGGUGGCAAUGGUGGUUGUAAGAGUGUCUCUUCAACUUUUGUGGGUACCCUUAAGCCUGGGACCCCUGCCCCUGGAGGCCAUGAUUUGGUGCCCCAUUGUAACUCCACAAGGUCAAAUAGCCUUUCUAGAAAGGUUCACGGUGAUUCUCCAGUCUUUGGCUCUGGCUCUGCCACAGGCAAUGCUACAUCUUCCAAGCCAAGGGCUUCUCUUGAUGCAAAACCUUCAACUCUAACUUGCAGAAAAUGUUGCGAGAAUUUAAAGACAUUGGAGACUCUUGAAGCUCAUCAUCUCUCCAAACAUGCUGUUACUGAACUGUUAGAAGGCGACUCAUCCAGAAGGAUAGUAGAAAUAAUCUGCAGAGCAAGAUGGCUGAAAUCUGAAGCUAAUUGCAUCAACAUAGCAAGAGUUUUUAAGGUUCAUAACAUGCAAACCACCAUUGCUCAAUUUGAAGAACACAGAGAACUGGUGAAGAUCAAAGCUAGUAAACUUCCGACAAGACACCCACGUUGUCUUGCUGAUGGAAAUGAGCUCUUGAGGUUCCAUGGCACAGCCAUUGCUUGCUCUCUUGGCUUGAAUGGCUCUUCUGGCUUGUGUACAUUGGAGAAAUGUGGUGUUUGCAAAAUCUUAAGACAUGGAUUCUGUAAGAAAGAUGUUAAAGGUGGUUUUGGUAUAUUCACUGCUUCUACUAGUGGAAGAGCUUUGGAGUCUGUUGAAAUUAGCCAAGAGAACCAUUGUGCAAGAAAGGCUUUAUUGGUAUGCAGAGUUAUUGCAGGAAGGGUUCAUAAACCUCUGGAGAAUUUUCAAGAAAUUGCAGGCUAUUCUGGCUUUGACUCAUUGGCUGGAAAAGUUGGUCAAUUUUCCAAUAUUGAAGAGCUCUAUCUACUAAAUCCUAAAGCUCUCCUCCCUUGUUUUGUAGUCAUUUGCUAACCCUGAAUUGAAUGUCAGCAACCCAAUUUUUCUUUUUUCUUUUCCUUUAUCAUAUUUACUAGUCCAGUAGUUCUGUCCAUAUUUUCCAACAGUUAAAAGGGCAUCUACUUGUAAUA